AUGGCGACUAUCCAGGCCAUCGAGGCUCGCUCGGUCCACCAAAUUCAAUCCGGCCAGGUCAUCAUUGACCUGUGCUCCGUCGCCAAAGAGCUAGUUGAAAACAGUCUCGAUGCGGGCGCAACAACCGUCGAGGUCCGAUUCAAGAACAAUGGUCUGGAUUUAAUCGAGGUGCAGGAUAACGGAAGUGGGAUUUCACCAGAGAAUUACGAGAACGUUGCCUUAAAACACUAUACGUCAAAGCUAUCCUCAUACGAUGACCUGUCACGCCUCCAUACCUUCGGCUUCCGCGGCGAGGCCCUCUCGUCCCUCUGCGCGCUUUCCGAAUUCCACAUCGUCACAGCCAAGGCAGAUCAAGUCCCCCGUGCCAACAGACUCGACUUUGAACCGUCAGGAAAGCUCGACAAGACACAGAUCGUGGCAGGACAAAAGGGAACAACGGCAUCUGUAGAAGGGAUCUUCAAGCGACUUCCCGUACGCCGGCGCGAACUGGAGAAAAACAUCAAGCGAGAAUACGGGAAAGUGUUGAACCUGCUCCACGCCUACGCCUGUAUCAGUGCUGGGGUACGAUUCAGCGUCCGGAACACCGUUGGUAAGACGAAAAACGUGGUGGUUUUCUCUACAAACGGGAACCGCACGACCAAGGAGAAUAUUGCGAACGUCUACGGAGCCAAGACUCUCUCUGCGUUGAUUCCACUUGACCUAAAGCUGGAGUUUGAGCCCUCUUCUGUGACUCGCCGUGCGGCCAGCAGUGAGCCAGUCAAUCAAAUGGAGGUUCGCGGUCAUAUAUCACGUCCCGUUUUUGGAGAAGGGCGCCAGACUCCGGAUCGACAAAUGUUCUUUGUCAAUUCUCGGCCGUGUGGCUUGCCGCAGAUUGCGAAGGCUUUUAACGAGGUUUACAAGUCCUUUAAUGUCUCACAGUCGCCUUUUAUCUUUGCCGACUUUCAAAUGGAUACGAAUGCCUACGAUGUGAAUGUGUCGCCAGAUAAGCGAACCAUUUUACUUCAUGAUGCUGGAGCUUUGAUCGAGUCAUUAAAGACGUCUCUUACACAACUCUUCGAGGCGGCGGAUCAGACGGUUCCCCAGUCACAGGUGCUGGGUUCUAAAACGCCGUCGACUAAGCAGCAAGCCUUAGGGUCCCUUCCGGGCUUUGUCACUGCUAGACAAGUCAGUCGAAGCGCUUCCGGAACCCCUACAAGGCCACCUCGAGAUGCGAUUGGUGAUACAUCUGCUGAGGAGGAGACGGAAGCUCCUCCUUCCGGUGUGCGAGAUAACAUGAAGCAAUUCAUGAGCUCACAGGAUGCCUCGAGUCAAAUUGAGAUUUCAUCUCCAAUUAAACCGACCGUUCGUGUAGCUCGGAAAGCAUCAAGGUCAUCACUACCAGCAGUCUCUCCAGAGCAAGAGCCGGACUCCACGCCCGUUGAGCCUGCUGAUGAUACUCAUAAACAAGGAGAAGAACAACCAAUAAGGCCUCAACAAACAGUCAAGCCGCCUAUAGGGCUUUCCUCCCAACUCUCCGAAGAAGAACAGACACCGGCCCAGCAGCUCCGAGACCCAGAAGAUGCGCCCAAUGUUGUCCAAAGCGCCUUUGAUCGCAUGCGGCCCCGUCGAUUGCCGGCUGAAAUGGCCACCAUUAGCAUCGGAGACCACACCGUGACAUCUAUGGUCGGUAGUGGCUUUCCACGCAAGCGAACCUCGGAGUUUGGGACCUCGACCAAAGAAAUGCCACAACGCAAACGACGGAUCCAUACCCCGUCUCGGCCUAAUAUAUUUGGAAAGCAUAUGAAGGCUUUUGCGGCCCCGGGAACGCAGGAUGAAGAGGAUGACGAGGAAGACGCCGAGGACUCAAGUGAAGACAAUGAAGCGAAUUUUCUUGACGAUGAAGCUGAGGAAGUGGAAGACGAAGAGGAGGAGGAAGGGGCACUUGAAGCAGACCCCGAAGACGAACCCGAAGAAGAACCUGAAGAUGUCGAAUACGUUCCGGAAGACAAUGGGGAUCGCCACGACGACGAUAUUGAGACUGGCCGCGAAGUCCAAAGCCCUACAGAGCAAUCUGCCGGUGCAGAGGGACCUGCUCUCGACGAAGUUGAGAAAAAAGCGCAAGAAGAAGCGCUUGUCCAGCGACUCAUUGACCAAGCCGAGGAAAACGCCGUUCUUCCCCAAGAAACCAAUGCCAGUCGCGCGAACAAAAUGAACAAGGGCGCCGCACAUCGCGAUGCUACUGUCAACCUAGUCAGCACUAUCGAUGCAUCAAUGACCCGACUCCAGUCACAGAUGACCAAGUUACGAGAAAGCCUUCACCCACGCGAUAUAUCAUCCAAAAAACAUGAUGCCGAUCUCACAGACGAGAAAACCGCCGAAGAUCGACUCUCGCUUACAGUGAGCAAGACGGAUUUUGCUCAGAUGCGAAUCAUCGGCCAAUUCAACCUCGGCUUCAUCAUCACUGUCCGGCCCGGUGUGGAUCACGACGAGCUCUUCAUCAUCGACCAGCAUGCCUCGGAUGAGAAGUUCAACUUUGAACGUCUGCAGGCCGAGACAGUUGUCCAGAACCAGCGGCUCGUGCGACCACAGCGACUAGACCUGACCGCCGUCGAGGAGGAAAUCGUGCUAGAGAACCGUGCAUCCCUCGAAAAGAACGGCUUCAUCGUGACAAUCGACGAAAGCGGCGAGGAACCUAUAGGACGACGGUGCCAGCUCGUCUCGCUGCCUCUGAGCAAAGAGGUCGUCUUCGGCUCGCGGGAUCUGGAGGAGUUGAUUGUGCUUCUAUCGGAAUCCCCCGUCACCAACGACAUCGCCGUGCCACGGCCCACGAAGGUACGCAAGAUGUUCGCGAUGCGCGCCUGCCGCUCGAGCAUCAUGAUCGGGAAAACCUUGACCACGAAACAGAUGCAGCGGGUGGUGAGAAACAUGGGAACCAUCGAUAAGCCGUGGAACUGUCCUCACGGCCGACCGACGAUGAGGCACUUGAUGAGUCUGGGACAAUGGGACGAAUGGGACGAGUACACAGGUGAAGACGAAGACGAGGCGGGAAGCAGUUUAAAUAUGUGGCGGCGAUACGUGGAGGAAGAGUGA